AUGAGGAUGCAGUUGCCGUGCAGUGGCGCCGCCUCGCCAGCGCGGGGCGCUGUGGACCACAGGUGCGAGUCCGCACUGAGCCGCCCCGACCACCGGCAACACGCGUUCUUCUCAAACGAGACUCGACGCCGGCACCAAGACAGGGACCGGGACUCAUCUCCUGCUCCCGAUCUGAAGGUGAGCACGGCCGUCGCAUCGGCUGGGGCGGUUUUAACCCGAACGCCGACCCUGUGGGUCAGGCAGAACCACAGACCGCGCCUCCUAAACUCCGGCGCCGCCGUGUCGCACCUGCCCAGCUGGAAAGAGAAACGAACCGAAGCCAGCCGAUUCGUGCGGAGUUCACUUGGGAACAAUUCGGCAGCUGGAGCUUCCAGCCGAUGGCAGCAGCUCUUCAGCAGGCCAUUAUGUGGCCAACGGUUCUUGAAGACUGGCUUCCUCUUCCUCCUUGCUUUUAGUCUCGGAUUGUGGUGCAGAUACUGGAGCCCCAGUGCCGCCCAGACCUGUUGUCAAUCCCGGUUAAACGGCACCUCCUUCAUGAUGCGGCCGACCCGCGGGUGCAACAGCAGCGCCCCCUUCCUCGUCCUGCUCGUCAUGAGCUCCCCUGGAGAGUUCGAGUCUCGCUCGGCCGUCCGCCAAACCUGGGGGAGCGAGCGGUGGUUCGGCGAGGCGAGGGCCGUCACCUAUUUCGUGCUGGGACACGGGCGGGAGCGGCAGGACUGGAUUCGACGGGAGGGCGCCCUGUACCGGGACAUCAUCCAGGGUGAUUUCGAUGACACGUACUACAACCUGACCCGGAAGGUGCUGGUGGGCCUGGAGUGGCUCUGCUGCUACUGCCCCUCCGCCUCCUUCGUGAUGAAGACCGACUCCGACAUGUUUGUCAACACGGACUACCUGCUGGAGCUCCUGAUCGACAUCGUCCCCAGGAAAUUUGUCACCGGGUUCAUUUUCAAAAACUUCCCGCCCACCCGCGUCACCUGGAGCCGCUGGUACAUCAGCAAGGAGGAGUACCCCGGGAAAACGUACCCACCGUUCUGUUCCGGAUCAGGGUACGUCCUGUCCGGCGACGUGGCCUGCGGUGUGUGGAACAUCUCCGGCACCGCGCCGAUGUUCAGACUGGAGGACGUCUACAUGGGGCUGCGUCUCGCAGAUCUGAAGGUAGAGCCGGUGUCCUUCCACCCCCCGCCCGUGUUCUUCAACCGCAGGGUACAGUACAACGUCUGCACCUACCGGCGGCUCGUCACCGCACAUGCUGUUGGGAACCCGGAGAAGCUGCUCUACUGGAGGGAGGUUCGGGACUUGGCCAAGCACAAAUGUCCGGGAGACGGGUAACGGAAGACCCGUUCCCUAUUAUUCCGUGUGGGGGACAGGGCAGGGUCUAUUCAGCAUGGGAGUGCGGGGGUGGUGGUGGGUGGGGGAGAAGGAAGGGAAAGUCGAACCAGCAGCGAGAGAGAGGGGAAGAGAUGAGUGGAUGGAGAGCGAGGGUUCAGAGAGAGAGAGAGGCCGGAGAGGAAAUUGAAGGAGAGGGAAAAAACAUAUUGGGAACGGGACAGGGUUUCGGCGAAGUGGAGAGAAUUUGAUAAGGAACAGGAAAUAAAUAUAAACCCAGUCCCUGUAAAAAGCAUUCACACCCCACCCCCCCAGAAGUCCUCAUGCAUUUUUGGUUUUGCAACAUUGAAUCACAGUGGAUGCAGUUUGGUGCUUUUGAGUCCGGCCAACAAGUGAAAAAGACCCUUUAGUGUCAAAAUGAAGAUACUUUCUACAAAUUGUUCCAAUAAUUACCUGGGGAUACGAAUUGACAAUAAACUGGACUGGUCAAAGAACACUGAGGCUGUGUACAAGAAGGGUCAGAGCCGUCUCUAUUUCCUGAGGAGACUGAGGUCCUUUAACAUCUGCCGGACGAUGCUGAGGAUGUUCUAUGAGUCUGUGGUGGCCAGUGCGAUCAUGUUUACUGUUGUGUGCUGGGGCAGCAGGCUGAGGGUAGCAGACACCAACAGAAUCAACAAACUCAUUCGUAAGGCCAGUGAUGUUGUGGGGAUGGAACUGGACUCUCUCACGGUGGUGUCUGAAAAGAGGAUGCUGUCUAAGUUGCAUGCCAUCUUGGACAAUGUCUCCCAUCCACCACAUAAUGUACUGGGUGGGCACAGGAGUACAUUCAGCCAGAGACUCAUUCCACCGAGAUGCAGCACAGAGUGUCAUAGGAAGUCAUUCCUGCCUGUGGCCAUCAAACUUUACAACUCCUCCCUUGGAGGGUCAGACACCCUGAGCCAAUAGGUUGGUCCUGGAUUUAUUCCAUAAUUUACUGGCAUAAUUUACAUAAUACUAUUUAACUAUUUAUGGUUCUAUUACUAUUUAUUACUUAUGGUGCAACUGUAACGAAAACCAAUUUCCCCCGGGAUCAAUAAAGUAUGACUAUGACUAUGACUAUGAAAUAAAUUUACUGAGGUAGCCUCCUUCUUCUUCUUCUCCUUCGGCUGUCCAUCGUUUUUCGAUGUUGACUGAGGCCUGGGCAAGGUUGUAUGGAAGACCGGCAGUUGCCCAUGCUGCAAGUCUCCCCUCUCCGUGCCACCGAUGUUGUCCAAGGGAAGGGCACUAGGACCUAUACAGCUUGGCUCCUCCAUUGUAGGAGGCCUCCACUGCUUCACUGGGCUGAGAAUUCCAUAGAUUCACCACCCUCUGGGAAAAGCAGUUCCUCCUCAUCUCCUUCCUAAGUCUACUCCCCCCCCCCCACCGCCCCAAAUCUUGAGGUUAUGUCCUCUAGUUCUUCUCUCAGCAACCAGUGGAGAAUAACUUUCCUGCCCCUAUCUUACCUAUCCCUUUCAUAAUGUUGUAUGUUUGUAUAAGAUCUCCUCUCAUUCUUCUGAAUUCCAGUGAGUACAGUCCCAGGUGACUCAAUCUUUCCUCGCAGUCUAACCCCCUCCUCUCUGGAAUCAAGCUGGUGAACCUCCUCUGCACCGCCUCCAAAACCAGUCUAUCCUUCCUCAAGUAUGGAGACCAGAACUGCACACAGUACUCCAGGUGUGGCCUCACCAGUACCCUGUAUAGUUGCAGCAUCACCUCCCUGCUCAUGAAUUCAAUCCCUCCAGCAAUGAAGAACAACUUCCCAUUUGUCUUCUCGAUAGCCUGUUGUACCUGCAAACCAACCUCAGGCACUCCCAAGUCCCUCUGCACAGCAGCAAGCUGCAAUUUUUUUUAACCAUUUAAACAGUCAUCUGCUCUAACUGGGUUUUCAUGUGAGUGUUUUUUUUGCCAACAGUGGCUUUCUCUUUGCCAUUGCCCUGUAAAGCUGUGACUGGUGAAGCUCCCAGACAAUGGUUGUUGUGUGUGCAGCCUCUCCCACCUCAACCACUGAAGCUUCUAACUCCUGCAGCAUUGCCGUGUGUCUCUCGGUGGCCUCCCUCACUAGUCCCCUUCUUGUAUGGUCACUCAGUUUUGAGGACGGCCUGCUCUAGGCAGAUUUACACCUGUGGCAUACUCUUUCCAUUUCUUGAUGAUUGCAGAAUCAACAAACUCAUUCGUAAGGCCAGUGAUGUUGUGGGGAUGGAACUGGACUCUCUCACGGUGGUGUCUGAAAAGAGGAUGCUGUCCAAGUUGCAUUCCAUCUUGGACAAUGUCUCCCAUCCACUACAUAAUGUACUGGGUGGGCACAGGAGUACAUUCAGCCAGAGACUCAUUCCACCGAGAUGCAGCACAGAGCAUCAUAGGAAGUCAUUCCUGCCUGUGGCCAUCAAACUUUACAACUCCUCUCUUGGAGGGUCAGACACCCUGAGCCAAUAGGCUGGUCCUGGACUUAUUUCCUGGCAUAAUUUACAUAUUACUAUUUAACUAUUUAUGGUUCUAUUACUAUUUGUUAUUUAUGGUGCAACUGUAAUGAAAACCAAUUUCCCCCAGGAUCAAUAAGGUCUGACUAUGACUAUGACUUAACUGUACUCCACAGGGAGAGUCAGUGACUUGGAAAUUUUCAUCAAUCCAUCUCCUGACUUUUGCUUUUCAGUAAACUUUUUUUUUGUUGGAGCGGCUCUGAGCGUUCUUUUGUCUUCAUGGCGCAGUUUUUGGCCAAGACGCUGACUCACCAGCAGUUGGACCUUCCAGCUGCUGGUGUAUUUAAAACUGCAAUCAAUCAAAACACCUUGACUGCACACAGCUCUCCAGGAACAGACCUCCGUUUGACUAUUGCUGUGACUUCCAAAACCAAUUGGCUGCGCCGGUGAUGAUUUGGUGUAACUUAUCAAAGGGGAGGUAAUCCACUUUGUACAGAUCUGUUUUCUCUUUGACACGAAAGAUUUUUUCCCCCAGUUCGUCAGUGUCAAAAAUAAACACUUUAAAUCCACCGUGAUUCAUUGUUGUAAAACAACAAAGCAUGAAAACUUCCAAGGGGCUGCGGGGGGCGGGGAGGG